GUGACUUGUAGCUCUAGAGUGACACUUGACAGUAGCAAAUGGAGAGCUUAAACGGUCACAUGGAGCUUCAAAUUCUUUCUCCAAACGUGAACACAUUUAAACCAAAACACAGGCUCACACUCACACACACUAUACAUACCCCGCGCCAUCCAUUCCCACUUUUAACAAACUACUCUACUCCUCACUCUCUCACUCUCAAACUACUACUAAGACACACACACCACACUAAUGGAGAAUUGCAGAAAGUCUCCGCUCAAGCCUUGGAAGAAAGGCCCCGCCAGGGGGAAAGGUGGCCCUCAGAACGCCACGUGUGAGUAUCGUGGUGUUCGACAGAGGACGUGGGGGAAGUGGGUGGCCGAGAUAAGAGAGCCCAAGAAGAGGACCAGGCUCUGGCUGGGCUCUUUCUCCACCGCGGAAGAGGCCGCCAUGGCUUACGAUGAAGCUGCAAGAAGGUUAUAUGGGCCGGAGGCGUACCUUAAUCUGCCUCACUUGAGGUCCAACUUCAAUCCGUUGAGCAAGUCGCAGAAGUUUAAAUGGUUCCCUUCCAGUAACUUCAACUCCAAGUUGCCCAGUACAGGAUUGCUCAACUUAAAUGCGCAGCCGAGCGUCCAUGUGAUUCACCAGAGGCUGCAAGAACUCAAGAAGAGUGGGGUUCUUGGUCAGGAUUAUUCAUCAAGUUCAUCAUCCAGUGAUCCCAAAAACGACGUGCACAUUCUAAGCGAGGAGCCCCGUCUAGAAAUUCCUGAGGCAACGGAGAAAGAUACCGAGUUUUCAUCUCAGAGUAAAGUGAUUACCUCCGAAGACAAGCCACAGAUUGAUCUGAAUGAAUUCCUCCAGCAGCUCGGGGUACUAAAAGGAGAGGGACAUCAGCCAUGUGAGAGUGAUAACACAUCAAAGAAUUUCACAGAGAUAGAAUCAUUAUCAUUCAAAGACGACGAAGAAGAUGGAUUCGGUACCUGUGCAGCUAACAACUUUAACUGGGAUACACUGAGUGAAAUAGCUGAAGCGGAUAUUCAUCUAACAGAUACCACCACUUUCCAUGCACAUGCGGAUAUUCAGUCGAGUGCCUCGCCCGGGAAGAAGGUAUGGACGUCGGAGAGGGAUACUAUACCGAUCUUUCUCAGAACCAAAAGAAGUUUAUUUGCUUCUUUGACGUCGUCUACGGCGACGUGGAGACGGGUCUCGGCGGCGGUCCGUGCGGCGGCAGUGGCAGCGGCGGCCUCGAGUUGUGUGGGACGAGGGAAGUGCGGGGACGGAGGUGAAUAUUAG